GCUGGUCCCACUCCCAUCACCCCCCAAAGUCCCAUGUCUCAAAUUCCCUCCACUCCCUCUCUCUCUCUCUCUCCUCGUCGAUGGUGGAUCUCCGUGGACUCUCUCCUCUGCUCCCUUUCACGAGAAUUCCGACGUAGCAUCUGCAACUCUUGAAGACCAUGUGAGACUUUUAAGCAUGCAGACUCUGUAUCCAUUUUUGCAAUUAAACACUCAUUCAUAACCCUCUCACCCAAGUUCUAUUCUUCACUCUUUGUAUUUUAUAGUUAGAUAGAUAGGAGAGUGGAGAAGAUGGAUCCCUCGAUGUUGCUUAUGCUGUCCAACCUUCUCCACCUUCACAACCACCUUGAUCCGAUGCCGUCCCUUCUUUCAUCCUCUCCCUCCCCGUCCUCCCCCAUUGAUCCCAACCUCUCCUCCUCUGCUGCUCCUCUUCUCUUCUUCGCCCUUGCAUCUGUUCUCUCAUAUGCUUCUUCGACACUAAACCAAUCAAAUUCCUCCUCCUCCCCUUCUCCACCCCCUCGUCCGCCUCCCCGCUCCUCCUCUUCCUUCUUCCUCUCCCUCUCCUCUGACCGUAUCUGGUCCAUGGACCCAUCCGCACGCGAUGCCAAGUGGAGAUCCCAAUAUGGCCUCUCUUACCCUGUUUUUGCCACUCUUCUUGACCACCUCCGGCCCCACCUUUCCCUCUCUCAUCUCCCUGUCCCCACUGACCAUGCCCUCUCCAUUGCCCUUUGCCGCCUCUCUCGUGGUGUCUCAUCUCGUUCCCUUGCUCGCUCGCUAUCCCUUCCGCCUUCCCUUAUCUCUCGUGCCACUCACGCUGUCACCCGCCUUUUAUCGACACGUCUAUAUCCAGACUAUGUCAAAACCCCCAUCUCUCACCGCCUCCUUCAGACAAUUAGCUCCUUCAAAGAUCUUACUUCUCUUCCGAAUUGUUGUGGAUUUAUUGCCUCCUCUCCGGUUCGUCUUCGUCUGCCUUCAUCAGAGGAUGAUGAAUUUGAAAACUUACUCUCUCCUAACCGUUCUUAUCCUUCCAUCCUUCUUCAAGUUGUUUCUGACCAUAGGAAAAUUUUCUGGGAUGCAUGUGUACGUGCACCUGGCUCUUCUGAUCCUUCCUCACAUUUUCGUGACAGCAGCCUCUAUGAUCGCCUCUCCACAAAAAUCCUGCGUGACUCCGUCAUAACUGUCCGUGGUCACCAUGUUCGUCCUUAUAUUGUUGGUGACUCUUCCUAUCCCCUCCUUCCCUUUCUACUCACACCCUUUGCGAGUGGGUCUGCCAGUGCUGCCGCUGCCAAUCCAACCCAUGAAACCUUUAAUGCGGCAGUAUCUAAAGGUCGAUCAGCAUCUGUGGAAGCAGCAAUUGCACUUCUAAAGGGCCGUUGGAAAAUACUCAGGAACUUGAACGUGGGGUUGAAUCAUGCUGCGCAAACUGUCGUCGCAUGUGUUGUGUUGCAUAACAUGUGUCAGAUUGCAGGAGAGCCGGAAGAUGAUGGAAAGUAUUUAUGGAGGGAUCCACCAGAGAGCCUGCAGCUGGCGAGGCCAGUGGAAAAUGAACAUUCACUCUACUAUGCCGGAGAGAACUUGAGGCAGGCAUUGGCAGAGGAUUUAUAUGAGAAACAACAGAGACUAUCAAGAGCUGGUGCUGGGCCAAGGUGACACGGGAAAAGCUAGCAAUGGUUCACAGGACCACAUGUUUGGAUACAACGAACCAGUUGUUCUUUGUACACGACCCUGAGGCUUUUUAAGACAUUUGUCAUCUUAUAAUGAUUGGCAAGGACUUUGAGCGACUUGCCUGUUGGCAUAAUAUUGGAGUUGGAUGUGUGAAGAGAAAUGUUUUGAUGUCUAAUGUUAAAUUUCAAGUUAAACACGAGUACAAGAAUCACUGGUAUACUUGUUGUGACUGUCUGGGGACCAUUACAUCAUGUAGAAUGUAACUCGACGAUGACGUAUCAGAAUGCCCUUUGGCAUUUCUAUCAUCAUUCAGAACUUUGGUGUAUUUAUCAUCUCAUAUUCUGAUAGAUUUAACUCAUCAGAAUGUAUUGACGUGGAUACCACAUUUUACCUA